AUGGAUCAAAUUCAUGAUCUUAAAAACACACCAAAACCAAUGUUUGAAGUCAUAGAUCCCUCCAUUGUUAGAGCUCAAUUCAUAGGUAAAAGAGACGUUUCCUUCUCUUCUUACAUGCAUCAAUCUCAAAAUAAUCAUCAUCAAAACAAGUAUACUCCUCAAAUGGGUCCAACCAGAGCCGAGGAAUCCGAUCAAAUCAGCAUUUUUGAUGCAGCAAAGUACUUCAGUGAUGGUCAUGACAACCAAAAAGAACAACACCAACAACAAAACUUGAAAGGGGAUCGAGUAGGACUCGAUCCCCUGGUUUCAAUCCCCGCAAGAUUUUCCUCCGUAUCAUCGUCUGUGGACGAUAACGGGAGUAACUAUGGGGGGAGAAAUAGUGGUAACUAUAGAGCAAGGUCAUUCCACGCAACUCCAACAGCCUCCUCAGAGGCUAGUUGGAAUAGCCAGACGGGUUUAUUAGCAAACCCGCCUGGCUCUAUUGGUGUUUGUCUCACCAAAAACUUGUCCCCUAAUAGUAGUACUACUAGUAAUACUACUAGUACUACUACUAGUAACGCCACCCCGAGGUGGCCUAGGAUAAGCUCGAAAUGGCUUAUCCCUAGACGAAAAUGCCCGUGUUCGGGGAAGAAAUCGGUCCAAGUAGAAGAGAGGAACGAGUCCAACACGCCGAGGAUGGUUGAUUUAAGGCGGAGUACUUCUUCAAAUGGUAGUGCAACAAAUUACCUAUCUUCCUCUUGGUACUCUCCUAGACAAAACAGUCCCAAAAAAGUUGGUAUACAAUUAGAGCCGUCUAAGAACAACAACUUAAACUUCAAUAAUCUAAAACCCCCAAACGGAAUCAACCACAACCACAACCACAACCACCACCACUCCAACGGUGGUGGUUUUUCGACGAAUGUCUCGAAUCCCAAGGUGGUAGCAGUGGGACCCUUGAAGUCUUUUACUAAUCAUUCAGAAAUCAUUGGUACUACUGCUACUACUACUGUCACUACUCCUGCUGCUGCUGCUAGUGCUGGUACUACUCCUACUAGUACUAGUACUAAUACGAAUGGUUUUACAUUUCCGAUCCUCGAGAACCCGCCUGUCGGGGUGAAGAAGAUGUUCAACGUGAUAGCCGAGCCGGCUAGGGACUCAUUGGAGGUGUACCAACCAAGGAGCCAUUCGAGUCCAAAGUCGCGAAGAAUGAGCUACGAAGACGACAAUGUGCUUAGUGAUGGGAGUUCAGACUUGUUUGAGAUUGAGAGCUUUUCUACGACGUAUCCUUGUAGGGAUUCAAUGGAUGAGUUGAUUGUUCCGGCUUCGAGUUUCAACACUAGUACAAUGAGGAGACUUGGGAUUGUUUGUAGAAGUAACAACAACAACAACAACAACAACAACAACAACAAUAAUAGUAACAAUGUGGAUGAACAUGAUGGUAUGGAUGAGCCUAUGACACCUUCUGUAGCACAUACGGAAUGUUAUGCUCCUAGUGAAGUGAGCAUUGAUUGGAGUGUCACCACCGCCGAGGGCUACGACCGUGCUAGCCUCACCAACUUCUCCGUCUCGGCCUCGGAAGUCGGGUUGUACGCUGCUGCCGCCAUGAGACGGGAGUCGGAAAGAAAUAAUGGUAAUGGUAAUUGUAAUGGUGGGGGUGGGGGUGGGGGUGGUGAGGAUAAGAGGAGUAAAGGAGGUGGGAAAGGGAAUAAUAAUGGUGGUGGGUUGUUGAGCUGUCGGUGUGAGAAGGCGGUUAGUGUAGGACCGGGACCAAUAAAGUGCUCGGCCGAGGGGGGCCCACCGAUCACGGCGAGGCAUGUGAGUGGUAGGCCAACACAACAGCCUCAUGGAGUAGCAGCCCAUGUCAAUGGGAGGUGGAAAUAG